GCUCACAGGCCUACAGCUGGAAGGAACCUCAGUGGUCAUCUUACAGAAAAGGAAACUGAGGCCAGAGAUACAGAACCAUGGUUGCUUCUCCCAAUCACUGGGGCCGCUCAAGGUUGGGCUUUGGCCUUGUUUAGAGGGAGCUCAGACACCCCCCCUGCUUCCAGCUUCCUUCGGCCCACAGUGACCUCUGCCCCUGCCCACAUCCUCAUCCUCACACUCAGUGCCCUCGCCAUCACUACCCUUGCUUGCAAAGAACCAUGAGUGCAGGAUUCAGGGCUGAGCUCGUGGGCACCAGAACUGGGUCAGACUGGGCUGGGCUGGGCUGGGUUCACAGGCACCAGAACUGAGCUGGGCUGGACUCCAGGGCAUCAGGGUUGGGCAGGGCUGCUCCUGCAGACACAGGUCUGUUUUCCCCUCCAGGGACCCUGGGGGGCCUUAAGGCAGCAUCCCUGUCACUGUUAUCUCCAAAUCAUCAUCUGGAAAUUGCUUGAGUGGGUCAGCUGCCAAAGAAGACAAGGGGGCUGGCCUAGUGGGACCCAGGAGGUGGGAGGAGAUGGGGAUGAAGGGGGGGCGGGGAGGGAGGCUGCCAUCAUCCACCACUCCUUUCCACGGCUCCUCUUCUGGACCACUCUCUCCUGAGCCCCGCCUGGUCCAGAGCUUUCCAAGAGACAGUUGCUGCUCAUUGCCCUCCAGAAGCCAGGCAGCGAGGGCAAAAUCUGGGCAAGCCAGUGGAGCUGCCCCCUGGUAGCCAGGAGAGACCCAGUCACCCACCUGUGGAGAUGAGCCGGGAAGACUGAGGGAGCCCCUCAGAGAGAGACGGACCAAGAGAAGGUUCUGGGCAUGGAGUAAGAGGCAGAUCUGAAGAGAUACAGAGACUACCCGGGACCGCAGAGACAGAGACGAGAGGCAGAGACUGUAUCGUCAGCAAGUACACGGGCCAGGGUGGAAGAGAAGAAAGAUCACUGCAGAGACACUCCAGGAAUGCCGACCUUCAUCUCAGCCAGCCUCAGCGUGCUGACCUCUUCUGAGGGCUACCCACUGCCUCCGUCCAGCCCCGAGUGGGCAGCCAGGCUGGGACCCUCCCUGGGUUACAGCAGGGCCCCAGCUUCCCUGGAGCCCAGCAGGCUGGACCCAGGGGAGGCCCAUCCUCAGCCUGGCUGGAAGAAUCCCCAUGUGUCCAAUGUGACUGUUCAGCUGGAGAUGAAGAGUCUGUGGGAGGAAUUCAACCAGCUGGGGACCGAGAUGAUCGUCACCAAGGCUGGAAGGAGGAUGUUUCCCACCUUUCAGGUGAAGAUCCUGGGCAUGGACACGCUGGCUGACUAUGCCCUGCUCAUGGACUUCAUUCCCCUAGACGACAAGCGGUACAGAUACGCCUUCCACAGCUCCACGUGGCUGGCAGCUGGAAAGGCGGACCCGGCCACACCGGGCAGGAUGCACUUCCACCCAGACUCUCCCGCCAAGGGCGCCCAGUGGAUGCGCCAGAUCGUCUCCUUCGACAAGCUGAAGCUCACAAACAACCUGCUGGACGACAAUGGCCACAUCAUUCUUAACUCCAUGCACCGCUACCAGCCCCGAUUCCACGUGGUGUUCGUGGACCCCCGCAAGGACAGUGAGCGCUAUGCACAGGAGAAUUUCAAGUCCUUCAUCUUCUCUGAGACUCAGUUCACGGCUGUGACGGCUUACCAGAACCACAGGAUCACUCAGCUAAAGAUCGCCAGCAACCCCUUUGCCAAAGGCUUCCGAGAGUGUGACCUAGACACCUGGCGUAGGGCCCCAAGGCCCAUGCUCAGCCCCAUGCUACGAAGGAGCCAGAGCAGGAGCCAGAGCAGCCGGGCCCCACUGCUGAAGGAGGACCACCAAGAAGAGAAAGAGCUGGAUAAACCUGGCCAGAGCUUCCAGCCCAAAUUCUCCACCUCUGUCUCUGGGACCACCUCCCAGCUCCAUCAGCACCCAGUGGUCCCCGUGCUGUCCAGAGAGCUUGCUGGGUCCCGCCGGAUCAGUACUGCUCAUCUGCCCCCAGAGGUCCUUCUGGCCCCCACUGGCUACAUCUCCUACCACGGCCCAUACACAGGGGCUGCAGCCAGGGCCCGCUCAGCCCCCUACCCUCUCCCUGAGGCCAAGGUGGCAGGGAACCAGGAAGCUCUACCUCUCCAGCCUCCUCAAAGUGUCCUGGGCCUCCUGGCAAGCAGCCAGAACCAGGAGUGAGCAUCCAGUGUGGGCGGAGUCAAGGGGCUGGACUCAGGGGUGGGGAGUCCAUGGCCCUGGCCAGGAUCCCAGCCCCCCUAUCAGUGGAGCCCCCCCACCCCAUGACUCAGUUUCCUCCUACCUAGUUUGAACCCUACCCUUGCAACUUCCUAUCUUGUAUUGUGGGGCAAGUCACUUUCUUUCUAGCCCCUUGUAUCCAUUUUACAGAUGAAGAAACUGAGGCCCUGUUUCCUGGGAAAAAAGAAGUGAUCUAGACAGACCCAGCUGCAACUUCCCUCCCCAGUUCCUAGCCUCCUAGCCACACCUUGGUCCCCAUCCAGCCCAAAGACAUUAUCCACCUUCCCCAAAAGAUGAGGGGGUCCUAAGCCCAGGUCACCUGACUUUCAAUCUGUUGUCAUUUCUACUGACUCCUCAGUUGCCUCUUCUACCCUCCUGGGUGCAGUCAAGUGGGGUGGGCAGAGAGGCUCCUCUUCUCUCUCAGGCCCCCUGGAAUUUAAUGCCGAAGUGAAUUACCAUCAUCUUCAGCUCUGCUCCUUAAGCCAUCCUGGGACCUGCUCCCCUAUGCCCUCCCCCCACAGCCUGCACCCCAACCCCUACCUCCUCUUCCCCCACCACACACACAGCCAGGUCAAAGGGAAAAACAUCAGUGACCCACCCCUACCUGCCCCAAGAGGGAGACUGAGGGCCUAACCUAGGCCCACAGGGUCAGAGGUCAUGUGCAGACACCACAUUGGGCCUCCCAGAAGAAGGCUCCAAACUGUCUUUGGGCUGGUGGAUAUAGGAGGAUAUAGGUGGGGAGAAAAGCCAUCAGAGCCUGGCAUACAGCCCCACCCUCUGCCCCCUGGCAGACCAACAUUUUCCCAUUGUUGUGGAUUGGAGAGAUACCAUGAGACCUCUGGAAGCUGGUCUUUGGGGUUGUCCUAGUUACUCCCAUCUCCCCUAUUCUGACUCAGCUGGUUUGGUGAGGACCAGGCCAGGCCAGAGGGGACACAGGCCUCAGGAACCCAGCAACUGGGGGGGAGUGGGGAGGUGGUGGUGACUCAUGUCUCUGUUCCUCUCCUUGGACAUUAAA